GACACAAGCAUCGUAAGCUUCAUCUGCCUGAACUCAUACAAACAUUGCUUUCCAUUCUACCUGCAAAGUGAGAUUCCACGGCAGAAAAGCCUCCAACGACCAUCCCCCACCUAUUUUACUCCUCUAACAACACCAAAUCACCAGACCUCUGCCAAUCACACCGCCACAUCAUGUCAACACUAGAAGACCUCCUCGGCGACGAUGGACGCCGAGAUGACGAUGAAGAAAAGAAGGACGAUGGCAAAGACAAGAAGAUCGAUGGUGGAGAAGGUGGAGAGGGUGGUAAGAAAGAUGGUGAUGCGGAUAUGAAGGACGCCGCCGAAGCCGAGAAGGAAGAGGAGCUCAUUGACGAGGACAUUCUACGAUCCAACACACGAGACAUCACAUCACGGCGGCGGCUGCUGGAGAAUGACACGCGGAUAAUGAGGAGCGAGUUCCAGCGGUUAACUCAUGAGAAGGCUACGAUGCAGGAGAAGAUCAAGGAUAAUGUGGACAAGAUUGAGAACAACAGACAAUUACCAUAUCUCGUCGGCAACGUUGUUGAGAUCCUCGAUCUAGAUGUCACCGAGGAAGCUGCCGAAGAAGGAGCCAACAUCGACCUGGACGCCACCCGCGUUGGGAAAUCCGCCGUCAUCAAGACCUCCACCCGCCAAACCAUCUUCCUUCCGCUCAUCGGCCUUGUCGACCACGAGCAGUUGAAGCCAGGCGAUCUCAUCGGCGUGAACAAAGACUCCUACCUCGUCCUAGAUACACUCCCUGCCGAGUACGACAGCCGAGUCAAGGCGAUGGAAGUGGAUGAGAAGCCGACGGAAAAGUACACGGAUGUUGGAGGCUUGGACAAGCAGAUUGAGGAGCUAGUGGAAGCUGUCGUGUGGCCGAUGAAGGAAGCGGAGCGGUUCAAGAAGAUAGGCAUCAAGGUUCAACUAGGUGCCCUGAUGUACGGACCCCCCGGAACCGGUAAAACCCUCCUCGCACGAGCCUGCGCCGCCCAAACCGACGCCACCUUCCUCAAGCUCGCCGGCCCGCAACUCGUCCAGAUGUUCAUCGGCGACGGCGCCAAGCUCGUCCGCGACUGCUUCGCGCUCGCCAAGGAGAAAGCCCCCUCAAUCAUCUUCAUCGACGAGCUUGACGCCAUCGGCACCAAGCGCUUCGACUCGGAGAAGUCCGGCGAUCGCGAGGUGCAGCGGACGAUGUUGGAGCUGCUGAAUCAGCUGGACGGGUUCGCGAGCGACGACCGCGUCAAGGUGCUCGCGGCGACGAACCGCGUGGACGUGCUGGAUCCGGCGCUGUUGCGCAGUGGGCGGCUGGAUCGGAAGAUCGAGUUCCCAUUGCCGAACGAGGAGGCGCGGGCGCAGAUCCUGCGGAUCCAUAGCCGGAAGAUGACGGUGGACGAGGCGGUCAAUUGGCCGGAGUUAGCGCGGAGUACGGAUGAGUUUGGGGGCGCGCAGUUGAAGGCGGUGUGCGUGGAGGCGGGGAUGAUCGCGUUGAGGGGUGGGCAGUCGAAGAUCACGCAUGAGCAUUACGUGGACGCCAUUGCGGAGGUGCAGGCAAAGAAGAAGGAUGUUGUUAGCUUCAUCGCGUAGGGUUCGCGCUGGUCUUUGUUCGGUUCAUCGGAGCGUUUGGGAACAAAUCAUAGAAAAAUAGCACCGGCCAUCAGGCGUCCGUCUCAAUAAUGGGCACCAUGAGCGUUUGGUCCUGACAUUACUAUUGCAGCAGGGAACACGUCGAGUGUAUCCCGAAACUACUGCUUCAAAUGCGCCCCCUGGAGCUCCUCCUGGGCAUCCUUGAUCAUAAAAUUAUACCACCACACCGUCGGCAACACCGUCCC